CCUCCUGAGAGCACACAGUCCGCAGAAACACUGAAUCAGUCCGGAGCGAAUGAGAGGAGCUCAUCCAGAUCGGUGCCAGACGCACGCUUGGAUUUUUUUUUUCCUAAGAGUUUGUUGUUGUUGUUUUUUUUUUAUGAAGAAAAGCGACAUUAAAAUUACGUCUCCUGGUUUAUUUUCCAAAAUUUGGAAUAUUCUUCUGGAUUAAACUCGAGUAUUCUCGACGCGCAGAAACCUUAUUCAGAAGUUAAAAGGGAUUAUUUCUUCUCAGCGCGCCAGUUUGGGGGAGAUUUUCACAAUAAAAGAAGAAGAAAAAGAGGAAACCUGCAGGUCGACUUUGUCUAGGAGCUUUUUCCAACUCUGCUGUCCCAGAAAUGGUGGGGCACCUACAUUUACAAGAGAUGGAUGAGAGCCUCAAAGGAAAGAACCGUGAAGGGCUGCUCGACAGUCCGGACUCGGGCUUGCCCCCCAGCCCCAGUCCGCCUUUCUGCUCGCUGUCUCCGGCUCUCAUCGAGUCGCGCUCCGGCGGCUGCGCGACGCCCGUCGACAGCAAUCAUGGAUGUUACAGAAAGGAGAGCAGAGAGGGCAAGCUGCUGCCCUACCUCCUGCUGAACUGUGCAGGAACAGACCCAAAGACUCGCAUGCACCCGGUGUUCUACGGAGAGAGCAUCGAGGUCAACACCAAACCGGAGCAGGAAAUCAAGUGCACGUCUGCGGUCAAGUACGACUCCGACAAGCACUACCGAGACCGGGUGGUGUGCGCCCCGGUUCCCAUGCCCACUUCCUUCAGCGAGACGGUGGUGGCGGUGCAGAACUGCACUUGGAGAAGCUACAAGUCGCAGGUGUACCUGGAGCCGCGGCAGAAGCCCGUCAGCUAUCAGAGCACCACCAUCAUCUACCCAAAACACGCCAAGAACACUUACCGCACCACCCUCAACUACAAUCCCACGGGCGCCCGCCGCUGGUUCGUGUCCACGGUGCAGCUGGAAUCCAGCGAGGACACGAGCCCCUGCGUCAUCUACACAGAGGACCUGUAGGGCUACAUGGCGCCAUCAAGGGGACUUCAUACUUUAUUUGAACUUUUACCUUUUUAAAAAAAACAACAAAAAAAACCCCAACAAAAAAUAGUGUGUUUUUCUCACGAUAAAGAAUUUGGACAAAUCCACACCGAAAGAGAAGUGCCUGGAGUUUUAAACCCCCGCUCUUAAUCUGGGAGUCAGAGUAUUUUUGAUUGUCUGCUGCGGCAGUCUUGAAUGGGGCCGUCGGUGCUCUGCAGCUGCCCUGCAGUGACUAAUGUCUUAUUUAACAAGAGAGCUAACAAGGGCCCGUGCUCCCCCUUCUGGUGGGACAGGAGCCUUGGUGACGGUAACCUUCAGAUUCCUGGUGUCUGUAUAUAGAGAAAAGGGAAGAAAAAAAAAAAUUAUCGACACGUGCUGUGGAUUUUUACCCAGUCACACCGAUGCAAAGUGUUCUGAAUAUGGCUCUAUUGCACUUGUUUUCUACAUGUCGCAGUUCCCUCAGAGGACCUGGCGUAGUGGUGGGGAAUUUCUGUGUUGCCUCUGAAAAGUGGACCAAAAAUAGUUUAUUUCCUUUGAUUAACUCCAUACGCUGGAGACCAAAAACUCCACAAGCGACUCCGAGCAGCAUCUCUUCUCGUCAGCCGAGGUUAGACUGAGGACAUGAGCACAGGGUGAUCUGAAAACCACGCCAGAUAAUCACCAACUCAGCUUACUAUUUUGAACUUGGUAGACAGGAUCCCAUCUUGUUGGCGCUGACGGGCUGCGAUGAAAACGGUGGUCACAGAAAUUAGGCCGACUUAGUUUUAUUUAUUAAAAUGUAGAAGCUAGAAUUACUUGGGACUGUGUGGCCGUAAGACUACAUUGUCUGAACUUAAAGGAAAAGUGGAGGAAAGGGCCAUUUAGGAAAGGUGAGCUUAUUUCACACAGGAAAUAAAAACUAAAGACAAGGGAGCAAAUUUAUUUAGUAUAAAUCCAGAACAGUUGGGCACAGAGGCUAGCAUCUAGUUUGAGAGGAGCUGAGACCAAAGCUAAUUUCUUCCAUUUUAAAACAAAUUCGACAACAGAUCAUAGCGGCCAAUGCAAAAGCUCAUUUAUAAACUAUUUAAAACAUGUCACGUUUGAAUCGGGCACUUAUUCACAUCAAUGGUUGUUCGGUCGGUGGAAGUGCAACACCAACAAGCUUCCUGUGGAAAACAGAUCUGAAUGGAACGCGGCUCAUCUUUAGUAAUAAUAACACUAAAUUUAAACUUAAACGCUAAUUUAGUGAUCUUGACUCUGCUUUAUUUUUGUGCCGUACAGUUACUCUGACCUGAACAUGCUCUCUGCUCAGCACAUGUUUCAUACAGGAAGAUCACUGGUAACGGACCGCCUCCAACGAGCCUCGUCACGUGAAGAACCACCCAACGCAGUCGGGACAAUGUUGCUGUUAGCUUCGGCCUUCAGGACCAACUAGCCUGAGAGUAUACUAAAUAAAGGCACCAAGAGAGUUAAAUACAUUUAAGACAAUCAUUUACAUAUAUGUAAAAACUCCCUGAUGUAAUAUGUAAAAUAAAUGUUGAGGUUUUUGAAACCAGAAAGAACUUAAUUGGAUGUUAAAACUAAUAUUAAUUGCAAAUCUUAUUUUAUAUUCCAUGAAAUUAUCGUGUGGAGAAAUUUCUGAUCCAGUGUGUAUAUGUAUUUUUUGUCUCCACAUCCAGUGUGUCCAAACAGAGCCAUGAAACCACAUGAGAUCACCCUAGUGAAGAAAUUAGGGGUUUCUCUGUUCCUCAUGUGUGUCUCAAAUCUAUAUAUA